ACGUGCACGGCGACGGCCUCGUCGUCGUCGUGCGCCGGCGACGAUCCGAAAUCGCCGUACGGCGGCUGUGGCGUCGGCGAGACGGCCAUCGACUUUGGCGCCUACGACGACGGACUGGGCGACGACCUCGCGGGCGGCGGGUGCACCGACAAGGUGACGAAGAGACGGCGCCUGGCGGCCAACGCUCGGGAACGGAGGCGCAUGCAGAACCUGAACAAGGCGUUCGACCGACUCCGCACCGUGUUGCCCACCCUCGGCAAUGACCGACAGCUGUCCAAGUACGAGACAUUGCAGAUGGCCCAGACUUACAUAACGGCCCUGUACGAUUUGCUCCAGUGACCGUUCGAGUCCUGCAACUGCAAUCAACGAAUACGGUGCAUAUAAUACGUAUAUAUAUAGGUACCAAAUAACCUCAUUUAACAAUAGUGUAAUAUUAUGUACAUAUUAUAUU